AUGAAAAUACAUCGUUGCAGACUGCUAAACGGUGAGAGUGACAAUAAAAGGAGAAAGUACUCAGAAUGCACUGAAGAAUGUGUUUUUUUGUCAUCAUUGCUCCGAAGAGUAAGGAAAAGGAAUAUUAGAAGCGAGGCGAAAGGAAUUGAAGGUAAGCCACGUGCAAACGGAGAGCAAGAGAUUGAUAAUGACGAGAAACACGGGAAUGAGCGUAACGAGGAAAGCAUCGGAAAGCAUAACAAAAAUAUCGAUCAAGAAUGUACGAACAAGCCUGAUAGAACAAGAAUAUCGAAAUCGGGUCAUACAAAACUGCUCAAUAAACUGCUGCAGCAAUCCAAGACGAGCAGAAUAUUGCACAUUCUCAAACAAAUAGAUAUUAAAAUGGCAGAUGACCAGGCAACAAGGAAUUUAUUGCUGCACAACUUGAACGUGCUGAUACACCACAGCUCCUUACGAGUGAGACAGAGGGUGUCCAUACUUUUUAAAAAAUUGUGCAAAUUUGUACGUCUCGCAGAUGAACACGGAGACGAAGAGCAGAGCAGCAACGCACAGACACGCACACAAAGUGUGCACAAGCCAUUCAAUCUGCUUAGGCUGUUCAAAAAGAACAACAACGUAACAGACGGAGCGCUAAUAUUUGCAUUGGAAGACACCGAUCCAUACGUACGUAAAAAUGCACUUAAAGCGAUUCUCCAGCUCUCACACAUCCAUAAACUGUCAUCACUCGCAUUCUCGUUCUAUCUCGAUAUGCUCUUCGAUCCUGACACGGCCAUAAGCACGCUCUCAGCACGGUGCGUGUACCGAUUAACCAAAAUGUACGACAUAACGGUGAGCGAGCACAAUCUUGAGCAUCUUUUUGUUGUGGUUCCGCGGUGUAACGAAAGAAUGAAAAGGUACGUUGUUAAAACGGUUGGUAAUUUGGUGUUUGACGAGCACACUGUUGAUGGUUUGAUUGCUUAUAUGUGCGGGUUGGACAAGAAGUACCUGAUCUAUUGUGCUGAAAGGAUCGUAGAGAACAAUCAGGAAUUGAUAGAAAGAAUGGUUGGGAUAUGGCGCGGUGGUAAAACAAGAAUUAGGAAUGAGAGAGGAGUGAGCGAUGACUGCAUGGGUAAGGAAGGAGUGAGUAGCGCGUUAAAUGAUGCAUCAAAUGAUGCAAAAAAUGAUGAGAACAGCACAUUUAAAGAAUAUACCACUAAAGGAGCUGAGAAUUAUCGGGAGAGCGCCAUGAGCAACGAGCACAGGUACAUAACCAAUAAAACUGAGAAGAACCAAAAACAUGAAAGUGCUGCGGUAAUCGAAAGGAACGUAACGGUGAAUAAAACGAAACAUAACGAAGCGAUUUGUGCUCAUGAAGGUAGGUGUGAGAUGGGAAUGAGCCAGUGCAGGAACAUAAACAGUGAAAUGGAACAAAAUGAUAAAAUGAACGGCAAUACGAUGGGUGACCUGCUGCACAUUCCUAGUAUUGCGAGUAACGACCCGGCUGUAGACCAACACUCUCUUUCUUCAACGAAGAGCGACUUUGUUCAUUCUUUGUUCGCAUUCUUUCUCAAACCAACGAACGAUUACCUGCAACUGUUCGUUCACCUGAACAAGCAUAAGAGCAAAAACGUAAAAAAGCGCGAAAGGACGUUCGCUCUGGACAGACUUGGUGUAUUUCUGAAAGGAAAUACCAGCAAUUGUAAGAAUUACUUCAGAACAUGUAAAAAUUAUAUCCGUUCAGACACGCACAGAGAUGAUAGCAGGAUUGUUAAGGAUGAUAGCGCAUUCUUUACGUUCAUAUACGACGUAUACACGGCCAAAAAACACGGCGUGUAUCUUCCACUACUGCUCACCUACAAUCUCGCAUCGCUUGGCAUACUCACAUUUUCGCAUCUUCUCUCGUUUAUUUCCAGGUACCACAACGUAAAAGGCAUACGGAGUAUCAAAAACGUGUUCAAUGUUCCUUCUACGGUACGUGUGAAUGAUGUUCUCUUAAUUUCGUUCACCGUUAUGUACGAGGGCCGUGCAUCUGAGCAUCUUUUUGUGCGUGUAGAGUACAAAAGUGUUAUUUUCCUGAAGUGCACGCGAAGUGUGUGCGUAAGGAUGAGAUACGAAGGACGGGGUGGUAUAAAAGUUGGAUUGGUUGUGCGGGUAGGAACGAAUUAUCAUGGGAUUGGUGAGAAUAGGAGGAUAAGUGUGGUUACGGGUGAGUGAUAACGUAAUUACUAGCUGUUAAUCUCAACUUCGUUUUACCGAUCGUACAAAUCGGUGUUUGUACUUACUUCGUACGUAGACACAG